CCAUUAUUUCUCGCUGCAGGCAAUGGACACCACAAGGUCGUGAAAGUAUUGCUUGAAGAAGGGAGACAAGACCCGGACAUGACUGAUGAACAUGAUCGAACACCGCUUUCUUGGGCAGCCGGUCGAGGACAUACGGGAGUAGUGAAGCUCCUGCUUGCCAGAAAAGAUGUCAAUCCUGACUCUAAGGAUGACAAGAACUGGACGCCACUGUCAUGGGCAGCAGGAAAUGGCCACACCAAAGUGGUGCUGAAACUGCUUCUCGCCGACAGCAAAGCUUCAGUGAAUCUCCCUGAUACCGAGGGCCGAACACCGUUGUCGUGGGCCGCAGCAGGUGGUCACAGUGCCGUGACAGAGAUUCUGCUCUCAGAUGGGCAGGCGAAUGCGGACUUGGCAGAUAACAAAGGCCACACGCCGUUAUUGUGGGCGGCACGGGAAGGGCAUAGGGCAGUU